CUCUUAACCAGUUUGGAGGUCUUCCUCUGUUUUGUAUCAUAAAAUUUUGGAAAAAUAAAAUAAAAAAAAGGAAAAAAGAAGAAAAUCGGUAAAAGAUGAAGUAUCUUUUAUCAGCCAUUGUGGUUUUGUUCCUGCUAUCAGGAUCCAAUUUUGUUCGUGCUGAAAACGAAGAUGCCCAUGCUACAGUUGGAACAGUUGACACUGACUUGGGAGCAAAUAAAGAAGGUUCUCGAACAGAUGCAGAGACAGUUGCACGAGAAGAGGAGGCAAUUAAGUUGGAUGGCCUAAAUGUUGCCCAAAUGAAGGAGCUGCGAGAUAAAGCUGAGAAAUUCACGUUUCAAACUGAAGUAAAUCGUAUGAUGAAACUCAUUAUUAACUCGUUGUACAGAAACAAGGAGAUUUUCUUGCGAGAACUUAUUUCAAAUGCUUCCGAUGCUCUCGACAAGAUCCGUUUGAUGUCUCUUACGGUGCGAGAAGUUCUCGACUCGAAUCCCGAUAUGCAUAUAAAAAUCAAAGCGGAUAAGGAAAAUCGUAUUUUGCACAUUACUGAUAGCGGUAUUGGCAUGACACGUCAAGAUUUGAUUAAUAAUUUGGGAACAAUAGCAAAAUCAGGAACUGCUGACUUUUUGUCAAAGAUGCAAGACACACAAGGCGAUCAAGAUAUCAAUGAUAUGAUCGGUCAAUUUGGAGUUGGUUUCUACUCGGCUUUUCUUGUUGCUGAUCGUGUUACCGUUACAACGAAACACAACGACGACAAACAAUACAUUUGGGAAAGCGACGCAAACAGUUUCAACAUCAUUGAAGAUCCCCGCGGCGAUACGCUCAAACGUGGAUCAACAGUUUCGUUGCAUUUGAAGGAAGAAGCUCAAGAUUUCUUGGAAGAAGACACCAUCAAGCAAUUGAUAAAGAAAUACUCACAAUUCAUCAAUUUCCCAAUCUAUAUGUGGACAAGCAAAACUGUCGAAGAAGAAGUACCCGUUGAAGAGGAGGAGAAAAAGGAAUCUGACAAGCCAGAGAGUACUGACGAAGAAGAUGGAAAAGUCGAGGAAGAAACUGAAGACGAUAAACCUAAAACAAAAAAAGUCUCCAAAACUGUUUGGGAUUGGGAACUCAUGAAUGACAGCAAACCAAUUUGGACUCGCAAACCUACAGAAGUUGAAGAAAAAGAAUAUCACGAAUUUUACAAAACUCUCACAACAGACACUUCUGAGCCUCUUGCCUACACACAUUUUGUUGCUGAGGGAGAAGUAACAUUCAAAUCACUCCUUUUUGUACCUAAAGUUCAACCCUCCGAGUCAUUUAACAAAUAUGGCACCAAAUCUGACAAUAUCAAACUUUUCGUACGUCGUGUCUUUAUCACAGAUGAAUUCAACGACAUGAUUCCCAAUUAUUUGUCUUUCUUGCGUGGCGUUGUCGAUUCCGAUGAUUUGCCAUUAAAUGUGUCUCGUGAAACGUUGCAACAGCACAAACUUAUCAAAGUCAUCAAGAAGAAACUCAUCCGUAAGGCUUUGGAUAUGUUGAAGAAGCUCGACAAAGAAUCAUACGACAAAUUUUGGAAAGAAUAUUCGACAAAUAUCAAACUCGGUAUAAUGGAAGAUGCAAGCAACAGAAGUCGUCUCGCAAAAUUGUUGCAAUUUCAGUCAUCCAACAAUGCAGAUAAGAAAGUUUUAACCUCCUUAGCCGAUUACGUGACACGUAUGAAGAAGAAUCAAGAAAAGAUUUAUUAUAUUGCCGCAUCAAGUCGUCAAGAAGCUGAAAAAUCUCCAUUUGCCGAAGCACUUCUCAAACGUGGAUACGAAGUUUUGUAUUUGGUAGAAGCUGUCGAUGAAUAUUGCAUCAGUGCUUUGCCCGAAUUUGAUGGAAAGAAAUUCCAAAAUGUCGCCAAAGAAGGCAUGGAAAUUCCCGGGUCUGAAAAGAGUAAAGAACGUUUCGAAGAAUUGAAGGGACAGUUUGAGCCGCUUGUAAAAUGGUUAAAUGACAACGGAUUGAAAGAUAGAAUUUCCAAAGCUGAAGUCUCCGAUCGUUUAACAGACACUCCAUGUGCCCUAGUUGCAAGUUUAUUCGGAUGGACCGGAAAUAUGGAACGUCUUGCUUUGUCAUCGGCUCAUCAAAAGACAGACGAUCCACAAAGAACGUAUUAUUUGAAUCAAAAGAAAACACUCGAAAUUAAUCCCCGACAUCCUGUGAUUCGUAACUUAUUGAAUCGAAUUGAAGCCGAUCCCGAAGAUGCAACUGCGAAGGAAACAGCUUUAAUGUUAUUCCGUACUGCAACAUUGCGUUCGGGAUAUAUGCUACAAGAGACAGCAGACUUUGCCGAUAGUAUUGACAAGAUGAUGCGACAAACACUUGGUGUUGAUCUCAAUGAACAGCCUGAAGAAGAACCAUUCCUUGAUGAAGAAGUUGAUGAAGCAACAGACAACUCAAAAGAAGACGCAAACGAAGAAGAUGAAGUUCAUGAUGAACUGUAAAAAAACCAUCGAAAAGUAGACUGUAGCUGUAAUAAUAAAAAAAUAUUUAGUUGGAACUUUUAUUUACUUACAUGUAAGAAAAACAAUUCCAAUUUUGAUAGUAAUUGCAAUAAGUUGUAAGAUUUUUCAAUUUUAAUUUAUAAAAAAAAACGCAUACUACCUAAUUUAGAAUUUUGUCCGUAAAGAAUGAUCAAAUUUCUGUAAAUAAACUAAU